GGCGAACCUGGGAAACAAGGAGCACCCGGCUCUGCAGGCGACCGCGGCCCCCCCGGCCCCGUGGGCCCCCCCGGGCUGACGGGUCCCGCUGGUGAACCUGGGCGCGAGGGUAACCCCGGCUCUGAUGGGCCCCCGGGCAGAGACGGCGCAGCCGGCGUGAAGGGUGAUCGUGGCGAGACAGGGCCCGUGGGUGCUCCCGGCGCUCCCGGUGCCCCCGGUGCCCCCGGCCCCGUGGGUCCCACCGGCAAACAAGGAGACAGAGGCGAGACGGGUGCACAAGGUCCCAUGGGUCCCUCCGGUCCCGCUGGCGCUCGAGGGAUGCCGGGUCCCCAAGGGCCACGCGGUGACAAGGGUGAGACAGGAGAGGCUGGAGAGAGGGGGCUGAAGGGCCACCGAGGCUUCACCGGGCUGCAGGGGCUCCCCGGCCCACCUGGCCCUUCUGGAGACCAAGGCGCUGCCGGCCCCGCAGGUCCCUCCGGUCCCAGGGGUCCCCCCGGCCCUGUUGGCCCCUCUGGCAAAGACGGCUCCAAUGGCAUGCCCGGCCCCAUCGGUCCCCCCGGUCCCCGUGGCCGAAGUGGCGAACCCGGCCCUGCAGGUCCUCCCGGAAACCCAGGUCCUCCCGGUCCUCCUGGCCCCCCGGGCACCGGCAUCGAUAUGUCAGCAUUCGCCGGCCUGGGGCAGCCGGAGAAGGGCCCCGACCCCAUCCGUUACAUGCGGGCGGACGAGGCGGCUGCCUCCAUCUCUGCCUCCAUCUCUGCCUCCCUUCCUGCCUCCCUCCCUGCCUCCAUCCCCUCUGAUCCCUCUCCCCCAUCACCAAGAGGACAACGAGGUCCACCAUGCCCCAAAAUCUCCUGUUCUCAUCCUGUUCGUCUCCCCGCUGCAGGAGAUUACUGGAUCGACCCCAACCAGGGCUGCACCUUGGACGCCAUCAAAGUUUUCUGCAACAUGGAGACAGGCGAGACCUGCGUCUACCCCACGCCCAGCAGCAUCCCCAGGAAGAACUGGUGGACCAGUAAGACCAAAGAGAAGAAGCACGUCUGGUUCGCAGAGACCAUUAACGGCGGUUUCCACUUCAGCUACGGCAAUGAGGACCUGGCUCCCAACACUGCCAACAUCCAGAUGACUUUCCUCCGCCUCCUGUCCACCGAAGGCUCCCAAAACAUCACCUACCACUGCAAGAACAGCAUCGCCUACAUGGACGAGGAGACGGGCAACCUGAAGAAAGCCAUCCUCAUCCAGGGAUCCAACGAUGUGGAGAUCCGGGCCGAGGGCAACAGCCGGUUCACCUACAGCGUCUUGGAGGACGGUUGCACG